CAUUURCAAAUUUAGCCGUUUUGUACGAAUUGCUCAGGCAAUAUAACAAAGCGAUGGAAUAUCACACAAAGGYCAUUGAAAAUUCUAGAAAAAUCAAUGAUCGCUCUCUAGAGGGAGUMAGCAUUUUAAAUUUAGCGAACACGCAGUYCCGGAUUGGUAAAUAUAAAGAAGCGGAAGCAUCUYUUGAGGAAGCACUUGCAAUUGCUGUAGAAGUUGGUAGCAAGUCARACGAAGCAAAAGCUUAUUUGAACCUUGCAAUGUGYAAAUUAGAGKUUGGCCAUKACAAGGAGGCACUUCAAUUUCUUGACAAGCAAACACGCUUAUGCGAAGAAAUGCAAGACAAAAGCUCUUUAUCUSRUACUWUUGMGGCAAAAGGUAGWCUUUACAAAAAUAAAGGCGACUUAAAACAGGCAAUUYUCUGUUAUGAAAAGGCGUUACAGAUCGAUCAAGAGAAUGGUGACAAAAGAGGCGAAGCAUUACAUCAURGGCAUCUUGGAGCUAUUUAUGUACAGCAGUCUUUWCAACAUGAUAUUGGAAAGAAGGAAUUUCAUGAGCUAAAUGAAGCAGCAAUUAACUCACUUAGAAAAAGUUUGGAAUGUUGGGAAUGGAUCUUUGAGCACAUCCAAGAACAAGAUAAUUUCAAGGUAUCAAUUCUUGAUUCAUUUAUUKCUAACUAUAAGAUACUGUCUUUAUGUCUAAUUAUGGCUGGCAGUGGCAAUGAAGCACUUUUGAUUUCUGAACGUGGAAGAGCAAGAGCAUUGGAUGAUCUUUUGACAUCAAAAUACAACAUCGAAUCAAACCAAUUCACUGGCAGUUCGCUAUCAAUMSAAGAUGUUGAAACAAUGGCGAAAACUGUUUCUAUUGUUUUCUAUAACAUUGUCAAUGAUUAUUGGUUGACUUGGACCGCACAAGAGGACGACAUCAAUGUCAGAAUAGACCAACAGUCUGAUACAGACUUUAAUGAAAUUGUGAACAGAGUUAUAGUCAGACAAGCAGAGUGUGAAGACAGAUUAAUCCAAACUGAAGAUGAGCAGCCUACUCUGUCAAACAAAGUCGACAUUCCAAUCAAUGUUCCAGACAAUUUAUUACUUUCAAUCAAGAAGAGGAAUGUACCAGAUUACGACGAUGACGAUGACGAGAACUUCUCCAAUCCUCUUGAGAGUUUGUACAAUAAAUUGAUAUCACAAGUGUCACGUGACCUCAUACACGAUGAACUCGUUAUCAUUCCUGAUGAAGAUUUGUUCAAGGUGCCAUUUGCCGCGCUCAUUGAUCCAAACACUGGGAUGUACCUCUCUGAAACGAAACGUAUUCGAAUCGCUCCAUCUCUGACAGCGUUAAAAGCACUGCAGGAGUGUCCAGCGGAUUACCACAGCAAGUCAGGGGCUCUUGUCAUCGGAAAUCCUCAUGUCGGUGAAGUCAUGUUUAGAGGGAAGAAACAAACGAUAUCCGGUCUUCCUGGCGCCGAGGAAGAAGCUCGAAAGAUCGGUCAUGUCCUUGGUGUUACGCCAUUUCUCGGAGAACAAGCAACAAAGGAAGACAUAAUCAAGCAUCUGAAGGACGUGGCUGUCAUCCACGUUGCUGCACAUGGCACCAAAGAUGGAGAAAUAUUUCUUGCACCCGGCCCAUUGACAGGCCACGAUACCCCCGAGGAACAAGAGUACUUAUUGACCAUAAAGGAUGUGCAGGAGAGUGGUGUUUGUCCUCAACUUGUUGUUCUUAGUUGCUGCCACAGYGGUGGYGGUGAGGUCAAAGCAGAAGGUGUUGUAGGAAUGAGUCGAGCGUUUCUUGCUUCUGGGGCCCGUGCAGUUUUGGCAUCACUGUGGGCCAUUGCUGACCAAGCUACCAUGGUAUUCAUGGGAUACUUCUACAAGCAUUUGAAAGAMGGAAAGAGUGCUAGUACCAGCCUACAACAGGCAAUGAAGGACAUGAGGGAAACAUCAAAGUACARUGAGCCAAUGUUCUGGGCCCCAUUCUUUCUGAUAGGCCAUGAUGUCACCGUUGAGUUAUGAAAAACUAGUAUAUCACUUAUUGUAGGCAAUAUGUAAGACUGAUCGACUUCUUAUAAUCAUGAUUAGAAACAGAGUACAUGAAGCAGUAAUUAAGUCUCCUAAACUAGUGUCAUUCAAAAUUUAAGCAUGUUCUAGCUUCAUGUUUWAAAAAAAUAGAAACUACGAAACUGUUUUUAAAACAAGAUGAAUCAUCUAAUGCUAAGGUAGCAACAUAAAGACAAAGUACUCAAAGGGAAAAAAGAAGACACACUGUUCUACAGUUUAAAAGGCUGAAAUUGAAGGAAAAUACAUCUUUGCGYGCUACUGGAUAACUUGAAUAACAUUCCAAGACCAAUGCCAGAAACCUGAAUAAUAUAGCGAAAUGAUUUUUUAAUAUUUAUUUGUACGUAGGAGUCAUAUUCUAAACACUGCUUCGUCUACGUUUGUAUAUGUUUUAUUUUCCGAGCUUUCGGAUCGUUCGAUCCAUCAUCAGGGAGUAGUGAUACAAAUGAAUUAACUAGCGGUUGAAAAAAAAUAAAAUAAAAUAAACACAUCACGAAAAUGCUAAAUAUAAUAGAUCGCGCUACAGAUGCGCGCGCACACAAGCUAUGUGUUUAUUUAUUUAUUUAUUUUUUUUCAACCGCUAGUUAAUUCAUUUGUAUCACUAGUCCCUGAUGAUGGAUCGAACGAUCCGAAAGCUCGGAAAAUAAAACAUAUACAAACGUAGACGAAGCAGUGU